GCGGCGGCGUUGGUGGCGGUGCCGAGGGUGGUGCCGGCGUCGGCGGUCUGUGCCGAUCGGAGGCGGCGGCGAGCACGGUCGGAGGCGAGGGCGGCGGCGGUCUCGGCGGAGGCGGCCUGGAUGGCUGCGGAGGCGAGGGCGGUGGCGGCCUCGGCGGAGGCGGGCCGGGUGGCUGCGGAGGCGAGGGUGGCGGCGGGCUCGGCGGAGGCGGGCUGGGAGGUGGCGGUGAGGGAGGCGGUGGCGAGGGCGGCGGCGGCGAUGGCGGCGGCGGCGAGGGCGGUGGUGGCGAGGGAGGAGGCGGCGACGGCGGCGGAGGCGAGGGUGGCGGCGGGCUCGGCGGAGGCGGGCUGGGCGGCGGCGGUGAGGGUGGUGGUGGCGAGGGCGGUGGUGGCGAGGGAGGCGGCGGCGACGGCGGCGGAGGCGAGGGCGGCGGCGGGCUGGGCGGAGGCGGACUAGGUGGCUGCGGAGGUGAGGGCGGUGGCGGGCUUGGCGGAGGUGGGCUGGGCGGUGGCGGCGAGGGCGGCGGAGGCGAGGGAGGUGGCGGCGAGGGUGGCGGCGGCGAGGGCGGUGGUGGCGAGGGAGGCGGCGGCGAUGGGGGUGGCGGCGAGGGUGGUGGCGGGCUCGGCGGAGGCGGCCUGGGUGGCUGCGGAGGCGAGGGCGGUGGCGGGCUUGGCGGAGGCGGGCUGGGCGGCGGCGGUGAGGGUGGCGGCGGCGACGGGGGCGGCGGCGAGGGUGGCGGCGGCGAGGGCGGUGGUGGCGAGGGAGGCGGCGGCGACGGCGGCGGAGGCGAGGGCGGCGGCGGGCUCGGCGGAGGCGGUGAGGGCGGUGGCGGAGAGGGUGGCGGCGGCGACGGGGGUGGCGGCGAGGGCGGUGGUGGCGAAGGGGGUGGCGGCGAGGGAGGUGGCGGCGACGGCGGCGGAGGCGAGGGCGGCGGCGGGCUUGGCGGGGGCGGGCUGGGUGGCUGCGGAGGUGAGGGCGGAGGCGGGCUCGGCGGAGGCGGGCUGGGCGGCGGCGGUGAGGGUGGCGGCGGCGAGGGAGGUGGCGGCGAGGGUGGCGGCGGCGAGGGCGGUGGUGGCGAGGGUAGCGGCGGCGGCGGUGGUGAAGGCGAGGGUGGCGGCGGGCUUGGGGGAGGCGGGCUGGGCGGUGGCGGCGAGGGUGGCGGCGGCGAGGGCGGUGGUGGCGAGGGAGGCGGCGGCGACGGCGGCGGAGGCGAGGGUGGCGGCGGGCUCGGCGGAGGCGGGCUGGGCGGCGGCG